AUGUCGACGAGCCGCGAAACGCGACUCGAAUUGGGCUUGCCCCUUACGCAUGAGCCCGAAGACCAUGUGAAGGGCAUUCCACUAGCAUGGUUUAGGCGGAGAAAAUCGACUCUUAUGGCCUGUGCCCUUUUCCUAGUCCUCGGCUGGUGUUUUUGGCUGCCGGCGCUCCAGUCUCGCAGUGCGGUCCCGGUGCGUGACAAGGGUAUCGAUCGCCUUUUGCGCAAAAUCCCAGGCGCCAUUCCAGGCGUACCAGCGCCAAUUCAGAAGGAUCUCGUGGACUAUGGCCGUCAUGGCGAGUCGUACCCAUCCCACCAGGACCUACUCAUUGUAUUGAUGCAGGACUUGCAGGACCCAUUGUUCCGCGUGGACAACUCAACGUGGACAGAAUGGCGCCACUGGGUAUCAUCGAGCGGUGGCUUGCCCAGCGAUGCCCAUGUCCAGUUCCUUCGGCGGCUCAAGGCACUAGCGCAUGGCGACUUGUCUGAUGCGCAGCUGUAUCUGGAGCACCCGGACCAGUGGAAGACGAAACAUGUGCAGGACGCACCGAUGACUGUGUUCUCGAAAUCGUACUGCCCUUACUCACGCGGAGCCAAGGAACUAUUGACCAAGUACCAUGCCCGCUUUACGGCAUACGAGGUGGACCUACGACCCGAUACGAAUAUGCUGCAGGGCUUGCUGUGGGACUUGACAGGGCAUCGCACGUACCCAAAAGUCCUCCGCAGAUCCGAGCUUUUGGGUGGCUUUGAUUCGCUGCAGGAACUGGAUGAGCAGGGUCUUUUGCACAGUAUACUUAGCACAGCAGGUGCUUUAUAG